UUUUAUUCCAAAAAUAAACUUUCAGUUGCUAAUGUCGUAAUCUUAUAAAAUUCUGUUCACGGCUCAGACCUUUCCUCUCAUUUCUAACCCAUUGUUUUAUCUAUCUUUUGAAAUCACAAUGUUUUUCAAUGAAGGAACGAAAUCUAACCUGACUUGUGCUUUGAAAGUGGAUACUAAUAGUAAAGGUUGGUCAGAAACUACUAGCAAAAUUUUGAGGAAAAUCAAAGGGCUAAACUACAAUUUGGAUACAAAAGAUGGGAUGAUAUAUAUUUCAGGGAAAGUAGAUCCACAUAAAAUUUUGAGAAUGAUUACAAAACAUGCAAAGAAAGUAGAGCUUUGUUGGAUGAAAACAGUGGAACAACAAUAUGGCAAUGGGAACAACUAUGGUAUGGAUCAACAUAUGCCCAUCUCUGGUUACACAGCAUCAUAUCACAACAAUAGAGGAUAUUAUACCCAUCCUCCUCCUCCAAUGUCUUAUUCCCAUUCUGCCCCUCAUCAGAACCAUUGUUACAUUCCACAAUUGUCUUAUAAUAGUUACUGGAUGUAAAACACAUGAAUUUGGCUGUUGUUGAAGCGGCAUCACUCCAACAGUAUCACUAUUAGUAUUACUGUUUGAUGUUUUUGUUUGAUUUAAUUAACUCCUUUCGGUCUACUAUAUGAUCAUCACGAUUCACAAGACCCCUUUUGAUAAAAUAGUGAUAUGAUUGUGAACCGGUAUUUGUAAGGUUCACAAUUCUAAUUAAUCUGAUUGUUAUUUUGUUUUCAACGUGGCACAAGGGAAUUCUUUA